AUGUGUGCUAGAAAAUAAUGACCUUUCGUGUCCUUAAAACAGUUUCUCAGAGACUGUAGUGGGAGAACGUUGAUCUUGUUGGACUUCUACGCUAUUCAUUGAUUUCUGUUUUAUUGAAUUUCACUUCAGUUUUAAUAAUUUAAAAAAGCCUGCCAAAAUGGUUUGGGUUACCGACGAAAAUAAGAUGGCCGGAAACCCGAAUACCCAUGCUUUGUACGCUCAAAGCCAAUUGGAUCACAUGUGCGCCCUGGAUAUCGAAAGUCGUGCAUCCUUCGUUCGUCUUUCGGGAGUCAUUUGUACGAUCGGGCCGGCUUCAAGACCCGUUGAAAUUCUUGAGAAAAUGAUCGAGACGGGAAUGAACAUCGCUCGAAUGAAUUUUUCGCAUGGAUCUCACGAAUACCACGCAGAGACCAUAAGCAACGUGCGACAAGCACAAAAGAAUCUUUCCAGUCGCUCUGGUAUCAAUGUUCCUGUAGCAAUUGCCCUCGACACUAAAGGUCCUGAAAUUCGUACUGGACUUUUGGAAGGUGGCGGGUCUGCUGAAAUUGAAUUAACUAAAGGGCAGACCUUCAAACUCACUACCGAUAAGACGCAGAUGGAGAAAGGAAAUUCCAAUGUAGUUUAUGUGGAUUAUGAUAAUAUUUCUAAGGUACUAAAGGUUGGAAAUCGUGUCUACGUUGACGAUGGUUUGAUUUCCCUCAUCGUUACUGCAAUCAAUGCUGAUGGAGUUACGACUACUGUUGAAAACGGUGGAAUGUUAGGUUCUCGUAAAGGUGUUAAUUUGCCUGGUGUACCAGUCGAUCUUCCAGCUGUCUCUGAGAAAGACAAAUCUGACUUGAAGUUUGGUGUCGAACAAGGAGUUGAUAUGAUCUUUGCUUCGUUCAUAAGAAACGCUGCAGCUUUAACAGAAAUUCGUGCCAUCCUUGGCGAGAAGGGAAAAAAUAUUAAAAUCAUAUCUAAAAUUGAAAAUCAACAAGGUAUGACGAACCUCGACGAAAUUAUCGAAGCGUCUGAUGGUAUUAUGGUAGCACGUGGUGAUCUUGGUAUUGAAAUACCACCGGAGAAAGUAUUCUUGGCGCAAAAAUGCAUGAUCAGUAGAUGCAACAAAGUUGGAAAACCAGUCAUUUGUGCUACACAAAUGCUUGAAUCUAUGGUGAAGAAACCACGCGCGACUAGAGCCGAGACGUCAGACGUGGCGAACGCAAUUCUCGACGGUGCAGAUUGUGUCAUGUUAUCAGGUGAAACUGCCAAAGGAGAUUAUCCAUUGGAAUGUGUGCGCACAAUGGCUAACAUCUGCAAAGAAGCAGAAGCUGCCAUAUGGCAAACGCAAAUCUUCCAUGAUCUCUCAAAUAAAGCGAUACCACCAAUCGAUGCUACACAUGCUGUCGCAAUUGCUGCCGUAGAAGCAUCGGUAAAGUGUUUAGCUAGUGCUAUUAUUGUAAUUACAACCACUGGUCGUUCGGCACAUCUGAUCGCAAAGUACCGGCCCCGUUGCCCAAUUAUUGCAGUAACUAGAUUCCAACAGGUUGCACGACAAGCACAUCUUUACCGUGGUAUUCUGCCACUCGUUCACGAAGAGGCGCAAUUGGCUGACUGGUUAAAGGAUGUUGAUGUUCGAGUCCAGUCUGGAUUGAACUUCGGCAAAAGUCGUGGUUUCAUUAAGGGUGGAGAUUCAGUCAUAGUUGUCACUGGAUGGCGACAAGGCUCAGGAUUUACAAAUACACUUCGCAUUGUGUACGUAGGCAUAGAAGUUCCUUCAGACGAUGAUGCAUAUGGAUUACUUAACUUUUGGCUGCAAUUCUUAAAAUUUACAUAUAGUAUUUCGCCUCAAAAAAUUAUAAAGUAUUUCUCAUUAUACAUAAUGAUAUGUUCCAACGCAAGUUUAUCAACAGCCAAAUGGACGAAAUCAUGUCGUCAACCCCCAUGGAUGCCACAACUAGAAGAUCAAUAUUUAAUCGAUAAUCAAUUACGUACAACUUGUCAGAAUACCCCUCUUGAGCAAGAUGUACAACUUGAUAUAAAUUGCAGUCCUAAAACAGCAAGACUUACUAAAAUAAUGAUUACACUAGGUGGUAGAAAUUCCUAUCCUGACGCCAUCGUUGAUAUGAUGAUGGCUGGAGCAAACAUAGUUCGCUUAAACAUGUCCCAUCAACAAGAAAAAUGGCAUGCAAUCACGGUGCAGUCUAUUAGAGAAGCUGGAAAUAGAAUGUACGAAUACACCAGCGACAUUUAUCCUAUAGGAGUCGCGAUGAACCUUCAAGGUCCUGAAAUACGAACAGGCAUAUUCAACGGGGAUGAAACGAAUAGAGGGUAUGCUAAAUUAAUAAAGGGUAAUACAGUGAAAUUGGUGACGAAUGAUAUAGCAAAACGUGGAGGAUGUGCUAAAUGCUUCUGGACUUCGUAUCCUAACUUACCUCGAGUAUGUCGUCCUGGAGACAAAAUACUAAUUGAUCGUGGUGCUGCUUUAUUACAAGUCAAAUGUGUCCGUGAAACAUCCAUAGUUUGUGAAAUUAUUAAAGAAGGUGUUGUGGGAGACGAAAAGCUUGUACAAUUACUGGACAGUGCAGUUUCAUUGCCUCAAAUUUCUGAAAUGGAUAAUGAACACGUUAGUCUGGCAUCCAUGUUAGAAUGUGAUAUCGUUAUAGUAAAUCAUGCACGAAAUGAAAAAAUGGUUCAUGGUAUUAAAAGUCGUUUGAAACAUAUAGGUGCUAGUGAUAUUCGGGUUAUAGCGAAGAUUUCCACACAACAGGGUUUAGAAAAUUUUGAUGAAAUUUUAAACGCCGCGGAUGGUAUCCUUCUCGAUAGAGACAGCGUCGAGGUGGCCGUCGGUCCUGAAAAAUUGUUUCUCGUUGAAAAAAUUGUCAUCGCAAAGUGCAUGAAUGUGGGAAAACCAGUUACGUUAGGUUUCCGUGUAAAAAACGACGAAUGUCCAAAAAUUGACAUGAAUUUGAUAGCAAAUGCUGUGUUAACCGGAUCCGACGGUGUUUUUCUUAAAACGGGUGCCUUGAAUUCCAAAGAAACUAUUGAAUUAUUAAGAAAUGUCGAUAUAGUAUGCAGAGAAGCUGAAAGCGCUCGGUGGCAAAGGGAAGUUUCUAAUGAAUUUAGUUAUAAGGUACCAAAACCUUUAGAUCCUUCACACGCAAUUAUCGUAGGAGCAAUUGAAACGUCCUUAAAGUCUAAUGCAGCUGCAAUUAUUGUUACAACAAUGACAGGUCGCAGUGCCGUUUUGUUAUCAACAUAUCGUCCUAAGUGCCCUAUUGUUGCUGUUACUCGUUAUGGAGCAGUUGCAAGAUGGUUACAACUUUAUUAUGGUCUCCACUCGUAUCAUUAUAAAAAUCAGCCAUUAUCUGGUUGGGCUAACGAUAUGGAAACGCGAAUACAAAGCGGUGUCGAUUUUCUUCGGAGAAAAAAAUAUAUUAAAGUGGGCGAUGUGAUUAUAAUUGUCACCGGAUGGCGUGAAGGAGCGGGUUUUGCGAAUUGUAUACGUAUCAUUUAUGUAUCACCCGGAUAUACAGAAAGUGAAAUAUUAAACUGUGAACUUUGCACCUGAAACACUCCUCUAAAAAAUAUAUUUGAUAGGAUAUAACAAUUUAUAAAUCCUUGAAACAGAUGUGAAAUAUCCAAUGUAAACAUUGCCGUAAACUAAUAGAAAUCGUAUCACACAGGAGACGACUGAUAUGCAUAUCAAAGUAAUGAAAAUUGGUAUUAUAUUAUAUUAU